UGAAUUGGAUCUAGAAAUGUUUGAAAAUGAUCUUUUGAGCAAGGCUUCUAAACAUAUGGUGAAACCAUUUAAUGUAACAGAUGGAAAUGAAUCAUCCUUGUAUCCAUCUGGAGGACAUCUUAUGAAUCAUACUAAAGAGAUACAUGUACAAGAGCAUGAAGCAGGGGAGACUCAAGUGCUUCUUCAUGAUACACAAUCAAAGAAUUACAAAGAUUUACUGGAAUAUUUGGAUGAAAAUGUAAUAAAGCUUAUGGAAGCCAAGACAACUGAAGACCAAUCUGUUGCCUCAAGUCAUCUUUGUGAUGCUGAUGCCUGGGAUCUUUCCCAAAAUGUACAGGACAUUUACAACACUUUUGAAGUUUCUGAUGAGCAUAUUCCAUUAAUUCAGAGCUGUAUUCAAGAAGUGGUAACGGUUAAGAAUUAUUUUGACAAAGGAAAACAUAAAUCAAAACACAUUAAACCCAUAUGAGAUAUUUAAUAAAAAAAGGGGGGGGGGCAAUGUACAGUCCAGUCCUUU